GGUUGCCGUGGCGCCGUGCUACGUGUCGGCUCCCUCCCUUACCGCUCCCUCCCUUACGGUUUCCUCCGCCUCUCUUCCUCCAUCCUGGGCUGUUGUUCCCUCUCCUCACCUCAGGGCCCGGCCGGUGGGAUCGCGGUUUGCUUUGCGCUGAUUAAAGCCCCGUCUCUUGUCGCCCCGCCGUCGUGCAGCACGUAAGAUGGCUGCUCUCCAGAAACAGCCGGAGCUGAGGCUGCAGCGCGGCGAUCCGCUGGAUCCUAGUGCUGCUCAGAAGAGUCAUUUCUCAGAGACUGACUGGAAAACACCAAUGCUGUCUGUGAAGUUCCAGAGCCGCACCAGUCGCUGCUCCAGCGUGGCCGACAGCGGUGAUGUGGGCAUAGGGACCUCCUGCUCCGACAGCACAGAAGACUUCUGCAGUACCAGUAACGGUUCCUCAUUCCAGCCCAUUAAAACCCAAGCAACCAUCCCAACAGCCCAUGUUAUGCCAUCCACACUGGGUGCCUCACCCUCCAAGCUGUCCUCAGCAGGAGAGCAGAGCUGUUUGCAGAGUACUUCCAAAACUGCUGUGCCAGGGGCUGCUUUGGAACAUGCAGGACUCCUGAGAAACGGAGACUUUAAUGCUGGGAAGUCAUCUCAGCUGCCACACAGUGAUCUGCUGCGCCUCUGUGGGACUUCAGGGGAAAAUGGAUUUGAGAAAUCCUGGCGUCCUGUUUCUGAUCACGUGAGAACAGAAGAUACUUGGAAGUUUGACACCCCUGCCAUUGAGCGCACCCUUAACCAGUCUCUCUUUCUGGAUAGUUUGUGUGCUGACCCUCUCCAGAGGUUCCAGAAAUUCAAUCCAAACUCUGGGGCAGCUGAGGCAGGGGGAGACCAUUAUAAGGUGCUGCCAGAGAUCAAGCAGUCUGCAGGGGCUAAUGGAGCCUGUGACGGGACGUGGCCAAGAGGCAGCAGGCUGGUGCCAACGGGACUCCAGACCAACAGUUUCUUUCCAAAACCUGUAACACCCCCAUCUGUGGCAUGGAUGCAAGAGACUUGCACGCUGCAUCCGCACGAGAGGAUCUGUGAGCUCAGUGCUUGGAAACAACAGCUGGACAGUGUGCGACUGCAGAUAGAGCAGAUGCAGUUACAAAAUGGAGGUGCCUGCCACCAUCCCUCCAUGUAUUCUCCUUCACUACCUACACCUGAUCCAGCCCAGUGGAUCAACAUCCUGAACUCCCAUGAAAACCUACUCAAGGAGAAAGAGCUCCUCAUUGACAGGCAAAGGCAACACAUAUCCCAGUUGGAGCAGAAGGUCCGGGAGAGCGAACUGCAGGUUCACAGCGCCCUGCUUGGCUGCCCAGCGCCCUAUGGAGACGUCUGCAUGCUGAGAAUGCAGGAGCUGCAGCGGGAGAACACGUUUCUCCGAGCACAAUUCGCAGAGAAGACUGAAUCUCUCAGUAAGGAGAAGAUUGAAUUGGAAAGAAAACUGGCUGCUGCAGAGGUGGAUGCAAAGCUGAUCCAGGAGACGCUGAAGGAAAAUAAGCAGAAAUAUGCAGAGGAUUUAAAGAAGCAGGAAGAAAGGGUAAAGGGAAGAGACAAACACAUUAAUAAUCUUAAAAAGAAAUGCCAGAAGGAAUCUGAACAAAACAGGGAGAGGCAGCAGAGAAUCGAGACCCUGGAACGAUACCUGGCUGAUCUUCCAACUCUUGAGGACCACCAGAAGCAGAGCCAGAAGCUAAAGGAAUCUGAACUGAAGAGUACUGCUCUGCAAGAAACAGUGCUGGCACUGGAAACAGAGCUUGGAGAUGUACGAGCUGCAUUCAGAGAGCAAGGGAUGCAGCUAGAAACCCAGAAACAUAAAGAACUGGAACUUCUUUCCACUGUGCACAGCUUGCAGGACAAGGUGCAGCAGUGUGUAAAGAAUGCAGAGAGAGGAACUCCUGUACAGGAUGGGGAAAAACAGAAAAUAGAAAAUGACUCUCUGAAGAAAGAAUGCGACUGCCUCAGGAAGAUUGUGGAAAAACAGCAGAAGAAGAUGGAGCAGUUGUCUUCGCAAGUGAAGAACCUGGAAGAACAGGUGGCCCAGGAAGAAGGAACAAGCCAAGCUCUGAAAGAGGAGGCAGUGAGAAGGGAAAAUGCGCUGCAGCAGCUGCGGACUGCAGUGAAAGAGCUUUCAGUGCAGAACCAGGAUCUCAUUGAGAAGAACCUGACCCUUCAGGAACGGCUCCGGCAGGCAGAGCUGACAGCUCAGCCCCUGCCUGCUGAGACUGCCCGCCUUGCCCAGGAGUUGCACUGUGAGCUGGCCAGCUGCCUGCAGGAUUUGCAGUCUGUCUACAGCAUUGUCACUCAGAGGGCUCAGGGCAAGGAUCCUAAUCUCUCCCUGCUUCUGGGCAUUCGCUCUGCGCAGUACUCAGCUAAGGAGAAGGACGACCUGCUGAACCCCGAUGCGCUUGCAAAAAAACUGGUGGAGGUAAAACAGCUUCACAGAGAGGUGGAGGACUUAAGAACGGCAAUAUCUGACAGAUACGCCCAGGACAUGGGAGACAACUGCAUCACUCAGUGAGGAGAGCUCUCCCCCCAAAGUAAGACAGGAAAUGAAGACUUGAACUCUCAGGAGACUAGAACUCCUACAAUUGAAAACCUGUUCAGCACUUUACCAUCCCAAUGCUUGGGUACAAACGUGUGGCUUAUCCAGGAGAAAUUGGGGGUUGUUGCCAGAAGUGUUUAUCUGCUGACUGGCUAACUGGAAUCGUUCAGGGCUUCAGUGUCAGGCUUUGCAGUAGCUUUGAUCUUAUAGAAUGUGUUUUUUGUUGUCUUUGCUGGAGCUGGUGCACUCUCUCACUCUGGGAGAUGAAUUCUGAAUAGCCUCCCAGGCAUGUCAGACACUGAACAUGCAAAUGUGACAAAAGCUAAAACCAACACUGAAAGAAAAUGUAUGCCCUGGUCUUUCUGAUAAAUUCUCUGCACAGAUCCUGUGCAGCUUGUAAGAGUGGAGUGCUAUCAGAGUGCUCAGGGAUAUCUGUGGAUUCUGUAGGCAAGCAGGUGUGCUGAUUAUGCUACCACUAAUUACAUCGCUGUGCCACGGCUUGUCAGGUGCUGUGUGCAGUUCUGGCUUGGAUGCUUGUGUAGCCAUUCAUGCACCAGGACCUGCUUUGCUCAGGUAAAUGCAGCCAGAGUCUUCUGGUAGCCAACAGGUGUUGGGGAAUAAAACAACACUAACAGAAGACUCAAAAUGCUGCCCCUGGAUCCUAGAAGCCUUAAACCUUUUAUCCCCCUGAAAAAGCACGCUGAGUGUGUGUAUGACCCAGGCUACAGAGGAAAUGGAUUGAUGCUGAAGUGCCUUAAUGUGCUACAGAAGCUUCCUGUCCACACACUGCUUUGUGCCUAAUGCAUCUGCUGGCAGGGUGAGGAAUUACUGUUUCUUGUAGCAGCCUUUAGAGCCAUUGCAAACAAUCCUGCAGGACUCUGAAUGUACGUAGCUCCUGCCUGAGCUGUAGGGACCCUCUGCACAGGGGGACCGCGCUGCAGGCCUGCUAGGAGAACCUGCAUGGCUCUGCUUGCUCCUUGUUGAGGAGAAAGCCCUUCUGGUCCUAAAAUGGCAGCAGGAUUGUACAGCUGGAUCUGAGAGCUCCUCCUGAUGCCAGUGAGGCUGCAACUGCUCAGGUUUUGUUCUAGUUCUGCCUCUGGUUCUCUGGUUGCUCCCCACUCCUGUGCCAAAUAAUUGGAAUCUAAAUUGGUGUGGGAUACAGUUAAUUUUGUCACAACUUUCUUAAUCUUAGUGGCAACUUUACAGUCCUGAGUGUUGGCUUGAGACAGUGCUGUGGUGCCAAGGGUGAAACUUGUGUUGGUCGCUCUCUCUUGACCCACAAAUGAUGAAGUCAGUGGUAAAACGGGGAACAUACUGCUGAAACUUCUGCCCCUUCAAUUGCUCUUGGUUCACACUGGGGCCGUGAGCCCUAAUUUUGAGAGAAAUGCUGUUGUAACUUUUGUGUUAAGAUUUAAGACCAAAUCUGUUUUGUUCUUGAAGUUAGGCCACGAGUUGGUCAGUGUGCCGUGCCAGCCAGCUCCGGGAUGGCAUGCAGAGCUUCCAGCAUGUGCUGUGUUACAUCUCAGGCUCUGUCCCCACACUGCUGGUUGCCACGUCCUGAGCUCGCUGUGGGCCAAAGCUUGUUGAGGUCCCGGCCGCCGGGAGCUCUGGCACGGAAGGCUGCAGGCUGGGAUGUGCUGUUCAGCAGCAGCCGCGUUCUGCUCAGGGUGCGGUGGGAGAUGUGACGCUGGGUGCAGGGCCGCGUGCGCCUCCUGCCUGUCCACAACCGGCUGCGCAAAUGGGAUCGCGGCAGAACGCCGCAGCCCUGAGGCUGGGUUGGCUGCCCCAGCCCUGCGCCCGUGCUGAGCCCCGGCUUCCGUGUCACCGCCUUGCGGGCUACCCUGCAGGAAACGGCCGUGCUUUUGUCCUGCAAAACGACCUCUGGGCUUAACGCAGAGCCCGGCUGGGCGCGGGACUCGGCCCUUCCUUCGCGAGCACCCUGCGCAGCGUGCAGGACCACGUGCCUCACCUCCCUGCUGGUUGUGCAGUUCGUAUUCCGACAGUUGGCGUUCAGCCUCGCGUUGUUUUCCUUCGUCGAGUCGAGCACGGGUGUAUUUAUAUCGGCGUUUGUCUUUACCCACUUGUUUGUACUGAAUGUUUUGAGUAUAAAAUAAAGCUGCUCUGCUCCA